GGGGGGAUUAGCGUGCAGGUUUAAAGGCCGGAGCGGCGCGGGGCAGGGGUGCAGGCGCGCCGGAGAGGAAGCGGCCGCCACCGAGCAGCGGGGCAACUCGGCCGGCAGCGUUGUAGACGAUGCCAGCCAUCAACAUCGAGGACCUGAGCGAGAAGGACAAACUGAAAAUGGAAGUGGAGCAGCUCCGGAAAGAAGUCAAGCUGGAAAGGCAGCCGGUGUCCAAGUGCUCUGAAGAGAUCAAGAACUACAUCGAGGAGCGGUCGGGCGAGGACCCGCUGGUGAAGGGGGUUCCCGAGGACAAGAACCCCUUCAAGGAGAAGGGAGGCUGUGUCAUCGCUUAGGAGAAGGGACCCCGCGCCUGCCCCCGGAGCAGACAUUCCUCCUGUACCCCUAGGGCGUCACUAGCGUGUCCCCACCGCCGCCGGUCCGUAUCGAACGAGCACAGGAGCGGAUUUCUUUUUAUUUUCUAUUUCUCCUUACAAAAAUACAGAAACCCGCGCGAAAGCUGCCGAGCCCCGCGCCGGCCGCUGGGCAGGGCCGGCUGUGUCCCGCUCCCCGGCGUGGCCGGCCCCUGUCGCUGCGCGGGGCCCUCUCGCCACCCGCUUGUCGGUCGCUUCAUGGCUGUUCGUUGGCAUUAAAGAAAACCUGCCCGUAA